AUGGACUCCCCCAAAAUCAACACUCAAGACUCGGUGCUGGAUGUCCUUGGUGAGCAGAUUAGCUCCACAAAGAGUCAGCUGCAAGCACAGGCAGCCACGGUACAGGACCUGAAGGAUGGAGUGGACAAGCUAAGGGAACAAAACAAAGCCCAGGACAUUGUGCUGGAUGUUCUCGAAAACAGGUCAAACUCCACCGAUGUCCAAAUCAGUGAAAUUCUGUCCGAAAUGGUGGAUCUGAAUACUGUGAUAGACAAGCUAAAGGAAAAUGGAGACGUGCCAAAGGUGGCCUUUUCUGCAGCUCUGGGGAUAAAUGGGAAACUAGGCCCAUUCAAUAGCCCGUACACCAUCAAUGAAAUCGUCUACAAGAAAGUCCUUGCAAACAUUGGCAAUGCUUACAAUCCAUCAACAGGUGUCUUCACUGCCCCUGUGAGAGGAGUCUAUUUCUUCAGGUUCACUGUCGGCACAGAGACCUCUUCAUACAGCAGCGGUGCCAUUCUGUACAAGAACGUAGAGCAGGUGAUCAACAUCUUCACCCACGACAAGAACGGGCAGCUUCGCCACUACUCCAGCGGAGCAGUUCUUCAGCUGGAGAAGGGCGACACAAUCUACCUUAGCUUGGAGAACAACUACCAGCUCUAUGACGAUGCACACAAUCACAAUACUUUUGGAGGCUUCCUACUUUUCCCAAUGUGA